UGGUACAUUUGUAAUGGCGGUCAAGGUGGCAACUUAGCAUGAGUUUAUGAAACGCAGAGUUUAUUUUAUUAGUGCUACAAAUAUAAACUAUAACCAGUUAUUGCGUUUGAAUUGACCGCAGAAAUGCAGAAUGGUAAUCAAGAUGAUAAUUCAGAAGAAAACAAUGAAAUGCGAACCGUUGAAAUCGAGCAAGGCAGUCAGACGGGGUCAUCUUCCGAAGAAAAGUCUGACAAUGCACCCACAGCUCAGUCAACUUUUGGGCCCGAUAUAUCUGCAAGCGACGACGAUGAUAAUUCAGAUAUUGGGUCCUUUAUUAUGGACAAUGAAAUAGAUGAUGAUCAGGACUUAGAACCUACUAAAUUCCUUUUACCAACCGAAGGUAUGGAAAAUGCCAACAUUCCUUCCAUUGACCCUGAGACACAUGCCAGACUUGAAGCUUUACUAGAAGCUGCUGGAAUAGGAAAGUUGUCAACAGCAGAUGGAAAAGCAUUAACAGACCCUGAAGUAUUACGGAAGUUAACAUCAUCUGUUAGCUGUGCUCUAGAUGAAGCUGCACAAGCUCUGCACAGAAUGAGAGCUGAACAACAAGGACAGAUAGCUGGUGCUGAAGGAUGUAGAUCAUUAGCAGAAGCAUGUAGUGAUGGAGAUGUUCCUACUGUAAGAAAACUACUUCAUGAAGGUGGCAGUGUUCAUGAAACAACAGAGGAAGGAGAAAGUUUACUUUCACUAGCAUGUUCAGCUGGAUACUAUGAAUUAGCUCAGGUUCUGCUAGCAAUGAAGGCAAAUGUAGAGGACAGGGGAAUCAAGGGAGAUUGUACACCAUUAAUGGAGGCUGCCAGUGGAGGAUACGUUGACAUUGUAAAACUGCUGAUUUCACAUGGAGCGGAUGUUAAUGCCCAGUCUUCAGCUGGUAAAUAUGGAAACACACCAUUACAUUAUGCUGCCUGUGGUGGAUAUGAAGAUGUGGUACAGGUUCUCAUCGAGGCUGGGGCAAAUGUUGAACAGCAUAAUGAAAAUGGACAUACACCUCUGAUGGAAUCCGCUAGUGCAGGUCAUGUUGGUGUAGCCAGGAUCUUACUUAAUGCUGGUGCUGGAAUUAACACCCAUUCCAAUGAAUUCAAAGAAAGUGCUCUUACACUGGCUUGCUACAAAGGACAUCUUGAAAUGGUUAAAUUUUUGUUAGAAGCUGGAGCAGACCAGGAACACAAAACAGAUGAGAUGCAUACAGCUUUAAUGGAGGCAUCAAUGGAUGGGCAUGUAGAAGUAGCUAGGUUACUUCUUGACAGUGGUGCUCAGGUGAAUAUGCCAGCUGACAGUUUUGAAUCCCCACUGACUCUAGCAGCAUGUGGUGGUCAUGUAGAACUGGCAAGUUUGUUGAUUGAGAGGGGAGCUAACUUGGAAGAAGUCAAUGAUGAAGGUUACACUCCACUGAUGGAAGCUGCUAGAGAGGGGCAUGAAGAAAUGGUUGCUCUUCUUUUAGCUCAUGGUGCUGAUAUCAAUGCCCAGACUGAGGAAACCCAGGAGACAGCCUUGACCUUGGCAUGUUGUGGAGGAUUCUUGGAUGUGGCAGACUUUCUCAUCAAAGCAGGAGCUGACUAUGAACUUGGAUGUAGUACACCUCUCAUGGAAGCUGCCCAGGAGGGCCAUCUUGAACUUGUCAAAUACCUCUUAAAAGCUGGUUCCAAUGUACAUGCCCAGACAGGAACAGGUGAUACAGCUCUGACAUAUGCCUGUGAAAAUGGUCAUACAGAUGUUGCUGAAGUCUUGUUGCAGCAUGGAGCUGAACUUGAACAUGAAUCAGAGGGAGGUAGAACACCACUGAUGAAAGCUGCUAGAGCUGGGUAUCUCUGUACUGUCCAGUUUCUUAUCAGUAAAGGUGCUGAUGUAAAUAGGGCUACAUCAACUAAUGAUCAUACAGUUCUAUCACUGGCCUGUGCUGGGGGACACUUAGCUGUAGUAGAACUGCUGUUAGCACAUGGAGCAGAUUGCAUUCACAAACUGAAGGAUGGCUCAACCAUGAUAAUAGAAGCUGCCAAAGGUGGACAUACCCAGGUUGUGAAACUGUUAUUAGAACCCCCUAACAGAGUCUUGAUGAAUGGUUCACCAGAGCUUGAACUACUGCCAGAGCCACAUCUUAAUGAGGCCAGAGUACCAACCCAAGGUUUAGGAAACAUUGUACCACCAAGUAAUCCUGAUUCUUCAACUUGUGCUAACUUCAUCACUGUCCCUCCAGGUACUCAAAAUCUGUCAAAGAAACCACUAGAGAAGGAAUUUAAUAUUGCUGCUAGAAAUAAUGAGCCACAAAUUCUGAAAAACAUGCAGAACUCAAUCAAGCGAAGUCAUAAUAACAACAACGGAGGAGGAAAAGUUAGUAAACCAUCAAGUAACACAACAGCUACCCUAUCCACAACUGUAGAAAAUGUAGCCUCUAAUCUAGAACAAGAACCAGAAAAUAUGGAGUCUGACCAUACGGUUGAUGUCAAGGCCACUGAGAGAUUAGAGGCUAUUAUUAAUAAUGUGAUGGCCAAUGAAUUGGAUAAUUCAGCAUCAACCAGAGAAGAACAGAUUUUAAGGAAACAGCAGAUUUUACAAGAGUUACAGAAGGUUGAAAAAGAGUUGCAGGAGAAGGCUCAAGCUCAGUUGAUACUUAGUGCUCACCAUCAGCUAGAACAACAGCAACAACAACAGCAGUUACACCAAGUCUUACAGCAGGGUGCAAAGGCAUUACAGAACAAACUUGAUGCUCAGGUUAAACGUAAACAGGAUGAAUUAACCUCGCCUGAUGAUCUCACCUUGGAGGAACUGUGUAUUGAAUCAUCUGUAGAUCCAGAACCAUCAAAUGAUCUGGACAAACAAAUUAGCAAUAUUUUGACAACAGAUGGUUCAACUGCAGUAGGACAAAUUGUCUUUCCAAAUAUACCUUAUGACGGGGUUAUACCUGUGACAUCUAGUCAGCAAAUGGAAGAAGGAAGUCAGGCAAUGGAUAAUAAGGAAUUGUGGGCAAGAAAUAAUGGAAAUACACCCAAACGUAAUGUAAACAAAGUAACCAGGACAUCUCGAAACAAUCAGAUUGUAACCUCCACCACUUCUACAGUGACCACAUCUUCAUCAAUUGUAAAUGGUAUCUUAACACCAGACCAAGAAAAUGCAAUUGCACAAGGUAUACCACAAAUUGCAAAUCCUGGAUCAUUGACUCUUGCUGCCUAUAAACAACAGAUUCAAACUUUAUCAGUAAGGCAACAACAACAGCAACAACAAAUACAGGUUCAACAACAACAAACUCAGACUAUUCAGUUCCCACAACUAACCCUUACACCAGAACAACAAGAACAACUACUUCAGAUGUUAUCACAACCAAACUUUGCUGCCCAGCAACAGUUAGCAUCCCAGCACAUUCCUAUUGCAGGGCAACAAAUUGUUCAGCAACAAACCAUUGGACAACAAAUCAGUCAACUUCAACCGUAUAUACAGCAGCAGCUGCAACAACAACCUCAGACUGUUCAAGCACUGCCACAGGCGUUUAUACCACAACCCUUGAUCCAACCUCACCUGAUAUCCCCGCAACAGUUGUCUCAACAACAGCAGCAACAGUUACUGCAGCAACAACAACAGGCACAACUCCUCCAACAACAGCUCCAGCAACAGAUUAAACAGCCACCACCUGUACCACCAGCAACCAUGCCCAAAAACCAACGACCAAAGCGUCAUCUUUAUAACAACCAGACAGUACCAGGCAUGCAAGGUCUAGAGACAAUAACUCCUCCACCUUCCACUCCUCUUACACCCAAUCCUUCACCAGCUUCUCCACAGAGCAUUUCACCACUCUGUGCUCCAGUAGACUUGGAUUCUCAGACAGAGAGCAAUCAUGAUACAGCUUUAACUCUGGCCUGUCAUGGAGGUCAUGCUGAACUGGUCAGUUUGUUAUUGUCCAAAGGAGCUGACAUAGAACAUCGGGACAAGAAAGGAUUUACACCAUUGAUACUAGCUGCUACAGCAGGACAUGUAGAUGUUGUGGAAAUUUUAUUGGAUCAUGGUGCUGACAUGGAAGCACAGUCAGAAAGAACAAAAGAUACACCAUUGUCUCUAGCUUGUUCUGGAGGACGGUUUGAGGUUGUUGAGUUACUUUUAAGUCGUGGGGCUAAUAAGGAGCACAGAAAUGUAUCUGACUACACUCCACUUAGUCUAGCUGCCUCUGGAGGAUAUGUAAACAUCAUCAAACUCUUACUGUCUCAUGGUGCCGAAAUCAACUCCAGGACUGGCAGUAAAUUGGGCAUUUCACCUUUGAUGUUGGCUGCAAUGAAUGGGCAUACAGCAGCUGUGAAGCUUCUACUUGAUAUGGGCAGUGAUAUUAAUGCACAGAUUGAGACUAAUAGAAAUACAGCUUUGACUUUAGCAUGCUUUCAAGGUCGUCAUGAAGUUGUGAGUUUACUUGUGGACCGAAAAGCAAACAUUGAACAUAGAGCGAAGACUGGUUUGACACCAUUGAUGGAAGCAGCGUCAGGUGGUUAUGUAGAAGUUGGGCGUGUUUUGUUAGACAAGGGAGCUGAUGUCAAUGCUCCACCUGUCCCAUCAUCAAGAGAUACAGCAUUAACCAUUGCAGCUGAUAAAGGACAUUAUAGAUUUGUUGAAUUACUUUUGUCAAGAAGUGCUCAAGUUGAUGUUAAGAACAAGAAAGGCAAUUCUCCACUGUGGUUAGCAUGUAAUGGUGGACAUUUAGAUGUAGUACAGUUACUUGUUUCUGCCCAUGCUGACAUUGAUAGUCAAGACAAUAGAAAAGUAUCAUGUUUAAUGGCAGCAUUCAGGAAGGGGCAUGUUAAGGUUGUCAAAUGGAUGGUUAAACAUGUAAACCAGUUUCCAUCAGAUCAAGAAUUAUCUAGAUACAUUUCUACUGUUCAAGAUAAAGAAUUGGCAAAGAAAUGUCAGCAGUCAAUGGAAAUAAUUGUAAGUGCUAAAGAUCGCCAAGCUGCAGAGGCAAACAAGAUAGCAUCCAUACUUUUGGAAGAACUAGACAAGGAAAGAGAAUCACAGGAGAAAAAGAGAGCUGUUGCGGCUAAAAAAAGAGAAAAGAAAAGACAAAAGAAGAAGGAAAAACAAGAGAAAGAAAAAGAUCCAACCACAAAUAAAAGUUCAUCUCCUGAGCCUGAAACAGAUAUUCAAGAAAAAGAUGAGGUGAUAGAAGACAUAGAAGAUCCGAUACGGGUAGAACCACCAAUGGCAACAGUCACAUCAACUAUUGGUAUUACUUUACCAAUUGGCAAUGAACCCAAGUACACCAAAGCUGGCCGUAACAAGAACAACAGAGCAGAGACUACUGUAACAGCAACUGAGUCCAAGAAAAAUAAGAAAAAUAGAAGAGAGAAAGAGAAACCUUUGGAUGUAGAUGAUCCGCCAGUCUCUAUAUGUUCUGUUACCACAGCAACAACCACAAUACCAAUUAAACAAACAACAACAAAUAAUAGUGAUAAUAACAACAAAUUAAAGAGAAAGAAAGAUCGAUCAGAUGUAUCAAUCAAAUCAGCUUCUACUGGAAUUGGUGAUUUAGAUGAUUUUGGUACUCUUCCAGAAAAAUUGAAGAUUUCUGACAGGGAGGUUGAGAAGUUAAGGAAAAGUGUUGAGAAAACAAAAAUAUCUAAAUUGGACAACAAACAUGAAAACCAAGGGAAAGUAAAUAUAGAAGUGGUACAUCAGCAUAAAAUUUCACCUGGUUUAUCUAGUCCAAAGAAAGGUCAGAAGAAAGAAGAGGGAUGGAAAGAAGUUAUGAGGAAGUCAAAACGAGUACAGGUGUCGUCAUCAGCUAUAAGUCGUGUGAUUGGUCGCAGUGGUUGUAAUAUUAAUGCUAUACGUGAAGUGUCUGGAGCACACAUAGAAGUAGAGAAGCAGAAAGGAAAUGGGGGAGAAAGGGUCAUUACUAUCAAAGGACCACCUGAAGGCACUAAGCAGGCACAUGCUUUGAUAAUGGCCUUGGUAUCUGAUCCUGAAAAAGAAUUGAACGAGUUGAUACCCAAGUACACCAAUAAACAACCCCCACAGAAGGAGUCCAUGUAUUUUAGUAUUGAUACUUCCGUACCAACUACUACUAGUGUCAGUUCUUCUGUUUCAUCUACAGUUGUUACAUCAUCUUCAAGGUCAUCUGGUGGUGGAAGGUCAGGAUCAAGGUCACAGACAAACACAAAUGUACGACUGGCAACACUUCCAGCCAGUAUUGGUGUUUGGGGUGGACCUCCCACUACUUCUACUAUUACUUCUCCUCGAAGAAAUCAGCAGAAAUCAUCGUCGUGUAUUCCAACAGGAUUAAACCAGGAUAAAACUGUCACUAGACAACUUUUCCCUAUGGAAAAUAAAAAACCUAUAUUUUCGAAUCCGCCAACAACAAGCACCAAUAACAGUCUGACUUAUACUUUUGCAUGCUCUUCAAGCAAGGUUACAACAAGUCCAUCACCAGUGUUUUCUGCGAGCAAAUUAGAUAUGCCACGAUCACCAGGUCCAACCAUGGUUAAAGUUUUACAGCGACCGUCUAAUCAAAAGAAUGAUCAUCAACCACUGCCAAUAGUUAGUAACCAACAACAAUCAAUGUCUAAUGGUCCAGUGCAAUCAACAAAUGCUCCACAUGGAACAUUUUCACCCUUUAACAAUUCAUUUAGCAAUGUAGCUGAUCAGUUUCUCAAGAGAGAUGAAUCAGCAGAGCGUAUGAAUUUUGCAAGUGUUGCUGCAGCUGGGGUUGUGGCCUCAAUGAGUAAUAGUCCAAUGUCUGAAAAUUCUGGUAUACCUGGCCAGUUGGGAGGCAAAUCAGAUGCAGCUCUCCAGGCCAAAGCUCCAGGAUAUAGACCAACAAAUAUUAGACCUAUGACCCCUCAGGAAAUGGAGGCUCAAAGAAUAUACAACUUUGUUGGAAUGCAACCAGUAAGAAUUGGUGUUGGAGAGAAUGAACUGAAUAGAGCUCCAGGCUACAGAAUGCCUAACCAGUCGCCAGUAAUAUCUCCAAGAAAUCAGGGAGAAAUGUCACCACCUAGUCAUUCUAUUGGUCAGUCGCAGCCUCGUAAAGAUGAAUAUACCACUCCAAAUCAACCUCUUACUUUACCCAAGAUUGAAAGUACAUUGAAUCCAAAUGCUCCUGACUUCACAUCACGGCAGCCAGGACAACCACAAGGACAGAAUAUACCCCCUGCAAUGUAUCUACAGUCUCUUUAUUUAGCACAACUCUUUAACCAACCUGGUGGACCAAGUAGUUCUCCUAGUAUGAAUCCACAAGGAAUGAUAUCACAACAAGAGUUUGCUAGUCUUAUUAGUCAGUUUGUUGCUAGUGGUCAGGCCCAGGGACCACCUCCACCUGUACCUCCAUCAAGUGGACCAGGGGGAUUUUUACCAGGUCCCCAAAAUAUACAACCAAGACCAUUUUCACCACUACAAACAGGAAGACCUAAUAGUGCCCCAGUGAUGGGAGUUAUUCCUAAAGUAGUGGAUGGUAGCUCACCUGGACCAGUACCUCCAAGUUCUGUAUCACCUUUGCCUGCCACACCCCCUCCUCCUAUGAUGGAACCAAUCAAGGGGGACGAUCGGAAGCAUUUACGGCCUAUUGGUGGUGAAAGGGCUCAGCGGAGAGCACCUGGUGGACCUGGUCAAGUCAACAAUAUGGCAAAUAAUUUCACUACUGACUAUAAAACUGCAGUGUGGAACCUUGCUUCAGAGUUAAGUAUGCAGUGGAAUCCUGUAAGCUCUGAUGUAAUGACAUCGGUGUCAAACCCUCCCAUCAUAACCUCCUCUGUGAUAUCCCAUGGAUCACCUACACCUCAAAUGGAAGAUGGUCCUCCUUCAUCUUUACAAAACAACACCGAUUUCAUGAAUGGUCCAGUUGAUAAAUCAUUUGAGAGUGGUGUAGAUAUGAAUUUCCUGAAGUGUGCUGGAAACUCGUUGCCACAGUCCUUUAAUCCUGGUCCUCUUGGUGAUCAUAUGCCUAACAUGUGGAAUGCCCCAGUGAAGGGGCAAAUGUCUGAACCCUCUGAUAAAGGGGUAAGACAUCAUCCAAAAGUAUCCGUCUAAUUUUGUAUGAUGUGGAAUUCCUGGAGCUCUCAGACAAGUUUGUGACUGUUGUUGUUGCCAUUGUAUAGAAAGCUGGAAGUCUUUAUGUGUUAAUGGACGAUUAUAAGCUUGGCGUCUUUUUUUUUUUUUCUUGUUAAUUGUCAGACAUAGCAUUGCCCUCUUUCAUUAUAGAUAAAAAUAUCAGCAGGGUGAACACCCUUGUUGUAAGUUUAAUAA